UGACAUUUUUAGUGGUUGAGAAGUUUGUUUACUGAAGAUUACCUGGUAUACACAAUAAUUUUGUGGGACGAAUGAAAGAGUAUAAGAGUUUAUGACAAGAACAGCAGCUUCAGAAUGUUAAGUAAACAGCAAUGUAGAAAUCUGCUGGAGGAUCCAGACAAGAAUAUCUGUGACCUGCCGGCAAAAUUAAUGCUGGAACUAAAAGAUUGCUUGGAUUCUGGACCAGAAACGACUAACUGGAGAGCUUUUGUUGAUGCAACAGCUAAGCUCUAUAAGAGAUACACCUUUAGUUACCAGGACAUUGAGAUGAAAUUUGGUAGGCAGAUUUAUAAUGGUAGUCCAAGUAAGGCUUUAAUCAAUGAACUGGGAGCUCUCAACAUGACCGCAGAGGAGCUCACACGAGUUCUAGAUCAGCUCAAGCUUGAACGAAUUCUUAUGUAUUUGAAAAAAUAUGAACAAAUAAAGAUUACCCGUGAGCCAGCGGAAACAACAGAGCUCAAUGAGGGAGAUGUUUUACGGCUGGAAAUCGAGGGGAUAGGAUUCCCGUACCCCAGAUAUCAAUGGUUUAAAUUCAAUCCAACAACUUCAAAGUAUCAGGAAGUCCCAGGGGCCAACCUUAAAGUUCUCAAGAUAGAAAAAUGCAGAUGUGAGGACUCAGGAACAUACUGCUGUCGACUCCACAAUGGCAAGGGAAAUUCACAGAUCCAUUUCAGUCAUGAAGCUAUUGUCAUUGUAAAGGGACACCAUUUCCCCAUCAAGGAAGCAUUUAAAACAGAUACAAAAGGAUAUAACCAUGACGUGCCUUAUAAUAAUUCCAUAGCAUUAGACAGAACACAGUUUUAUAGGCAGAAGGAUGUCAUGCCAGAAAAAGCUGUACUUCCCUACAUCUUGGAGCAUCCUAAGAGUCUGCAGAUCAUGAAGGGAGCUAACCUCGUCCUGAACUGUCAAGCUCUAGGACGACCCCCAUUGUCCUACGAGUGGUACAGAAAUGGCCAAUACUUCAGCACAACAGAAGACAGUUAUAUAAAAGUUCCAGCACUCGGUAAUCAGAUUGGUACCUACUUCUGUCUGGUGAAAAAUGCAUUUGGAGAAGUUAAAAGUAAAGAAGCCAUAGUGACAGUUUCAGAGAAUUUACCAGAGCCAGUUGUUCAAGCAGAAAUUGAGAUCAUCAGUAACCCUAAGUCAUGUACAGUAGAGUUUGGAGGGAGCUGUAUAUUUAACUGUGAAGCCAGGUGCCGUGGCCUCCAACUCCAUUAUGAAUGGUUUAAAGAUGGCAAAAAGAUUCAGGGUCAGUGUAAGAGUGAGCUGAGGUUGGAUCGGUUACAAAACAUGGAACAGCAAGGAAACUACAUGUGUAUGGUGACUGUGCCUGAGCUUCAAUUAAGUCGCCAUUCUCAUAUUGCCUGUCUCACCAUCAAAAUGGACCCCAACAAACCACCAGAGUUUAAUCCCACGGACAAAGUUGCACUGUUGAUUGGGAAUUACGAUUACAAAAAUGAGACGGAGUUAAAGGCCCCUGAGACAGAUGUCUCUACCCUAGCCCAGCUCUUCAGACAUCUAGACUUCAAGGUUGUCACCCUCCUUAAUCUGACUAAAACAGAAAUGUUGUCCGCAGUGGACUACUUUUCAGAACUCCUUGGGAAAGGUGUAUAUGCAGUGUUUUACUUUUGUGGGCACGGCUUUGAGGAGGAUGGGAAGUGUUAUUUUGUGCCACCUGAUGCCAAGGCUGGCUAUACAAUAGAAGACUGUGUUAGUGCUGAAAAUGUACUGUAUAGAAUGCAGAAGCCUGAACCAGACCUCAUUGUGCUGAUCCUAGAUAUUUGUAGAAUCAGGAAUCGUGUUGAAAGUGCCCGACCAUCUAUAAUGAUAGACAUUCCUCAGAGAGGGAACACAGUCUUCUGUUAUGCCACGAGCACAGGAAUGUAUGCAUAUGAAGAUGCAGUGAAUGGAAUUCUAGUCAAAUAUCUACAGAAAUUCAUUGUUCAAGAUAAGGGUGUACUGGAGAUUUUUACUCAAGUACAAGAGGCAAUAGGAAGAGAACCCAAGCAUUAUAAGUUACAGAUUCCUGAACUCAGGUCCAAUCUACUGCAGCCAAAACGUUCUUUAGCCGACAAGAUCUCCACAAAAGGUGCUACAAAAUUGUAUCAUCAGCGAACACUGCGCUGGCUGGAGUGCCAUCAGAAACCAGACAAGAGGCUGAUAGAGAUUCCAGACUUAGAGAUGGAACUGGAGAUGGAAUUCCAGUCAGACUUCUCUAAUGUUCUCCAUGUCAUCACCACUGUUAAAAAGCCAGGGAAUACCAACAAUGCUGUGGCCUUCAUUUUCAAAAUUCCCUCUGCUGUGUCAUUAAAAGAUAUCAAUCCAAAAGUGACUUCAAAUAACCCCACCCGUACCAAAAGCACAAUGCAGGAAAUUCAAAAAUUAACGGAGGAUUUGGUGAUUGAUAUUGGUGUGAGAUAUAUGUCUAAAGAUCAAUCUGCUCCACCACAAGUCAAACUUAAGACUGUACAAGUCAACUUAGGGCUCCCCCUGGUGGCUGUGUUAAAGUUAUGGAAACCUAUUGAAAAUGAGGCUACAGAACAUGAAGACUUUAGUGAUAAAAAUAGCUACUCCUAAAAUCACAACUCUAAAAGUUAAACAUUUGAUAUGGAAAGUUUAUCGGUGUGAUGGUGUACCAAAUGAAAAGAGAAUCUGUACUGCAGGAGUAUUGAGUGAUGGUGCUGUUGGAUUCUUUUGUUUCUCAAUAUAGGAUGAUAAAUUUUGUCCACACUAAUUUUGUCAGGGAUCUGAUUUUUGUUCAUUAUCAAUAAGUUGUUUUGUUUGUUUAAAUAAAGGUAUAAAUAAAUGUAAAAGUUGCAUGUAUUGUAAUUUUGUCAGUUUGACCAUAGUUGCAUGUACCUAUAAGUUUAUGGAGGACACUGCCUAUUGAAUGAAAUUUAGAUAUUAUUGAUUUAAAGUAUUAUAUAAUGUUGGUGCAAACAUUUCAUUCAUGUUAAAAUUUAAGUUU